AUGUCGUUUUCCAUCGAUGCUAGAGGUACCAAUCCUUUCAGCAUAAGCGCAGAUAGAACCCCUUUGGUCCUGGAUGAGUCGACACGCACCCUCUACAACCGCGCCAUAUCCAACCCCUCCUCACUAACGGAUCAAGAACGCCGACUCAUCACCCACCGCAGCCCACCAGACGAUGAAGACACCCUCUGUCGAAAUGCCUGCGGCUUGUCCAUGGGCGAGCUAGUUACCAAAGCCAUCAAUCGCAGCAACAACAAUGGUGAUGACAAUGAUGGCUUCCCCCUUAGCAACCUCGGCCUGAGCUACAAAGAAGCCAGUCUCUUAACGGCCGGCGUUGUCGAGGGACAAUCGGGCCAUAUCCUGUCCGAGGUGGCGCGCCUUUCUCCUGAGGAUCGGGACCUUAAGGCUCGAGCUAUGGAAGCGGCGACGACGGACGAUAUUCGGGCUGCUAGGGAGGUGGCGCAGAGGGUUAAGCAGCGAUGGCUAGAGGUAGAACUGGCGGCGGCCAAGGCGCUGAACGAUGAUGACAUUAAGAAUAUUCGGUUUGCGAUGAAGGUUCCUUGGCAGGAGCAUGUACUGCAAUCCAGUUCAGCUUCAGCGCGUGAUUCUGCUCCUGGUUCUGAUUCUGGUCCUGGUGGUCAGGGCCCUGGUGAAGCAGGUGGUCGCUUCGGUCUCGUGGUAUUCUACCCGAAAGAAGAAGAGGAAGAAGGCCGCCUUCCAGAAUAUAAAUCCCUGAUAGGAACGGCUGUUUACCAUGGACUACACUAUUCACCGAGGCUGAUUAAGGACGAGACGAGAGACCGGUUCACAUUGCACUGGGUGGCUGUUCCAGGUAGUAAUGGCAGCAUGGACCCGAGUGCACUACGGAGCAGGUUCAGCACAAUGCUCUCAAAUGACGAGAUUCCUGCUGGCUUUCGACGCGAUGUUUUUCUCUAUGUGGAUGACGAGGCGUUCCGCUCGCGUGAAACGACACGGCCGUAUCUCUGGUUAGCUGAGCCUGAACCCCAGUCCGAGUCAAAGACAGAGCGAGAGCCAGAGCCAGGAACUGAGACUGGAACCGGGACCGGAGCUGCGACUGGAGCUCAGCCUGAGGCUUUGCAACCCCUAAAAGUCGACAUCAAGCAUAUCGCCCCGACAUUGUUUGCGCGGUUGGUUCAGCGCGAUCUCCAGGGCGAGGCGAGACGGAAGCCCUAUCGGCAUACCUCGGAGCUGACCAGGUUGCAUGCGGCCGCCAAUGCGAAAUAUAGAGAGGAAAGAGAUGGGAUUUGGCCGCCACCUGCUCGAUUCCAGUAG